AUGAUGAUAAUAAUAUUUAUAGAAUUGUGUAGAAUUGCAGAUUCCCUUUUAUGGAUUCCUAAAUCCUCGAGGAGAACUUCUAGUACAUUCUACAUACCUAAUAUUAUUGCCUUAUUAAAAAUGGAAUCCCAACAAUUAUCUCAAAAUUCACCAACUCUUCACAUACAUACCUGCGGUAGCAAGAUAGGUACACUUUUUCUACGUUUCACGAAGGUAGCGAUAGGUACCUCACUCAUUGUAGGUGCGGGGGUAGCGAUGGAGGUUUCUGUACCAUUACCACCACAGCCACUAUACUCACGUAGUGAAGUCCCUAGCGUGGAAUUGUGUGGUAUCGUUGCUAUCUGUCGUUCGCCACCCUCGGUAUAUCCAACGUGCAGGCCAAUAUCACUCUCUAAGAAAAUCGUAUCAGGAUUGGUACGGACAAACUCUUCAUAG